AUGCUUUCGACGUUCGUUCAAGUUGGAUGGUUUGUUUUACCGUCACUAGCAACGCAAGUCCCUUUGGCCUUAUCGCCUGAUGGCACACCGUCACUAAAACUCGGAACUGCGGCAUCCACGAUAGCUCAACCAUAUAACCCUCUCAACUCGGAUAGCCUCGACCUUUCAUCUUGGCAGCUCGAUGAGCCGCCUCCUACUAACGAAACAGGGCAUUUUGUUUUUGAAACUGUAAAUUCGCUGCUCCAGCAUUGGCCAAACACGCGCUAUCGGAAUGGCCAUACAAUAGUUCCCGGUGUCAUUCCCAAAGGCACCUUGUUGUAUCAUGGAGCUGUCAAUAACACAAUCCCUACGGUCCCCGAGUGGACGGCCACAGAUCCAGAACACUCCAUCCUCUUCUGCAAAGGCUCUCCUGACACAGGAUGUUGGCACUUGACUCUUGCAGCAACUCGUCCCCUCAAAGUCCUUUAUUUCGAUGGGACUAGCGCAGCCAAUACCCUAAAUGGCACUCUUGACACUCAGGAUAUCAUUGCAUGGGGAGAAUUGAGACCUGACUGGCGGUUCAUGGAGGACCAGCGCAUCGUGGACUUAUGCAAAUGGGGAGCACCAUAUGCCGUUGAUGGUUUUGUUCGAAUGGAAAUGGACUUUGAAGUCAUGCUCUGUGACUUUUCGGCUGGCCUAGAAGUCGUCUCCUUCUCUCACCUUGCCAGCCUCGCCGAACCGGUUCUCUGUAGUUUUCUGCUUCGCCUGUUCGAAGUGAUGCACGCAGGGUCAUGGCACAAUCGAUAUCCUGGGGAUACACGAAUAAACCUUGAUCUGGCUGGAAUCGUCUCACUGUACGACACCACCCUUGCACCGUCACUCGUUAGUUCACGCGACGGCCAGGAACGGUGCGACCAUGACAUAAGAGCUAUAUCUUCUGCGGAUAUCAAGGCAGUCAGGCGUAGCGUUUCUCGCACAUUAGAAGGCAAUCAGGAUGACAUCAGUGGCAUCGACUGGCAAACCCUUUUUAGAGUUAUCGUGGAACGUUACUCGGCGCGCUUUGACUUGAUGGACUACCUUCUCAACUCCGAAAAUGACACAAUCAUGGAUCGAGCGCUGAAGGUGCAUGUCCAAUUGCGCGUGAUGCUCACGCCGUACAUUUUCCACUCUAUUGUACCCCCCAGCGCAUCGUACGACCCAUCUAAUUCCUGGGCAACACCAGUAUUCAAAGCAUGUGGAACCGCGCACACAUCGUCAAUCUUAUCAUACGUUCCGAGCUUGAACCCCUCAGAACGCCUUCUGUUACAUGCAGUGCAAGAGACUUCGCGUGAGAUAUGUCGCGUUAUUACAAAGAUGUGGGCGUCCGGCGUCGUUGCAGGACUUGAUGUCCAUCUCCCCCGUGAUUCUACUCCAGAUACUGCGCAAAUAGUUCGCCUGAUGGAUUCGUGGAGGCAAGAGUUAGGUGCUUUGAUGACGUGGCUAGAUUGGAGCGUGUGGGUUAAAUGUCGUCCAGCUUGCGGACCUGAGGAAAUGUGUUACCUUCCUUCCUGGCCCAUAAACAUGCGAAGGGGUCGGUGGCCACGUCAUCCUCCCCAUGGACAAUAUGAGAGCAACGAUAUUAUCAAUGCAACUCUUCCAGACAGCCUACCUCUCACGCACGGGCUCCUCAUGCAAUUGGCGAGUCCGCAGGAUGAUGACUGGAGGAAGCCCCAACCCAAGUGUAUUAGGCGAGUUGCACCCUAUGGUUUCUAG